AUGGCGACCUUGGGUAGAGCAGGAAGGAAACAGCAAGGUUUCUUUCGAGGAGUGUUCGACCGUAACAAAAAUCGAGCACCGCCGCCGGCGUUUCUUCGACUUCCCACUUCCCGGCAGACGUUCCGUCUGGUUAUAGCUCUUCUCGCUUUCAUCGCUCUCGCCCCACCUGUUUUUUUCCACUUCAGGCUCCGUCGUCUCCAACAGCUCCAAUUAAGGAAAUGCGGCUGGUUGAAUCAUCCUCCACUAGUUUGUGCUCAUGGUGGCGAUACAACUAAUGCAUUUCCCAACACGGUGGCAGCCUAUCAGUCUGCUCUUCGUUCUCAUGUAGAUUGCAUUGAGAUUGAUGUUUCGCGUUCCUCUGAUGGAGUCCUCUUUGCGCUCCAUGAUAGGGACUUGCAGCAGAUAUCUGGUAACCAUACCGCUAGAGUUGGUCACUUCAGCAUGAAAGAGUUAGAGGAACUGGAUAUCAUUCAGCAGUCUGCUCUGGAACUCGGCGAGCAAAAGAUUCCCACAGUUGUAGAUGCUUUGACGUUGGUAUCAAGUUCAGUUCGGCAGGUGAUUCUGGAUGCAAAAGUUGGACCUCCUUCCAAUGAAAGAGGACUUGCAAAAGACAUCCUUUCAGCUGUUGGGAAAGCGAAGUGCAGAAACUGUGUGAUCUGGGCCAAAAGUGACAGUCUGGCAAGGGAUUUGAUCAAACUAACAUCAGAUGUUGCGGUGGGGUACAUUGUGAUGAAGGAUCCUAACACAGGUAGGAGAAGCAACUUACUAAGGAUGAAGGAGGCUCGAGUGGUCGGUGUUUACCAUCCACUGGUGGACGAAGGGCUAGUGAGGAUUCUCCAAGGGAGGCAGAAGAAGGUGUAUACAUGGACUGUUGAUGAUGUGGAGUCAAUGCGGAAGAUGUUGGUGGAAGGAGUGGAUGCAAUUGUUACAAACCAAGCCAGUUUGCUCCAGCGGCUCAUGCAAGACAUUAGAGGUGAGUGUCGGGAGGAAGGUUUUUCUUUGCCAAGAUGA